AUGAAAGAAUUAUUAAUGGAUGGAACAUAUCUGCAAACUCGCAAGGGCCGUUCGGAUCCAAGCGUUUUCGUUCGUUUUACAACGUGUCCUGGUCGCUUCACAGCGGAGGAACAGGAAGAUGAUCGAGACCGUGGGUACGUCUGGGUACCUAGGUAG